GUCGGUUGGACAAAAAAAAGUGCCGAGAAAACAUGGGAGAGGAGCCAAAUCUUCCCAGAUGUAACUGAAAACAGCCAUCUGGUGGAAACGCUUUCUACAGGAAACUUGAGCCAGAAAGACAUUUGUAUCUACAUGUCAGACAAGUUUCAGCUGUGUUUACUUGAGAAGCGUCAGAGAGACAGACAAGCUUAACAUGCUCUGUGACUGCUAUCCUGAGCAUAGUCGAGACAGUGUAUGAAGGAAAGAUGGCACUGAAACAGUAUUUGAUUGCAGUUUGAUGGGAGGAGGGAAUUAUUUCACUUGAAAAAGGCACUCCACUCUGUGUGCAUGUGUCAUCUCUGAUCGCUGCUUGACACGGGUACUCGACACAUUUAGAAUUUUAUAAAUCAGAAAGAUUAUUAACACUCACAGGCACAGAAGACGCCUGUUGCAGAUUUUCUUUCACAUGCCUGGUGGCAGCCAACCACUUUGCUUCAAUGGAGAAUUGCAGCUGCAAAAGAACAAAUUGUAGAGGCCGCCGUUACCUCAGCAUCACCUGGGAGAUAGCGUAGCUCAGGUCAGCACCGCUAGCUAGUACGAGACCCCUCCCCAGCCCUGUCCUUCUCCUCCUGCUUCCCACACGACACCCCUCGCCUCCCUUCCUCCUUUAUCCAAGUGAGCUACCAUGGCAUCGGUGCGCUUCACGGUGACCCCCACCAAGGCGGAGGACCUCCCGGGACUGUCCGACACGUCGCCUGACAUCAGCUCCCGCUCCGGUGCUCGCGUGCGCUUCGGCUCCAGGGAGAGCAUCAAUCGAAGUGACCCGCUCAGCGAGGCGUCGGGGGGCCCGUCGACUACAGCGGGAGGGGCCGAGACACCGGAUCACAGCAAUUUGGAGGAAGGUGAUGGAAAUUCCAAAAUCUCCAGCGUGUACAUCAACAACACUCACGGGGUGGAUGACGAUGACUUCUACGACAGAAACUUGGCCUUAUUCGAGGAGGAGAUGGACACUCGGCCAAAAGUGUCCUCUCUGCUCAAUCGUCUGGCCAACUACACCAACCUGACGCAGGGGGCCAAAGAGCACGAGGAGGCCGAGAGCAUCGGAGAGAAGAAGAAAGCCAGGAAGUUGCCUCAGAUGGGGACUUUCAUGGGGGUCUACCUGCCUUGCCUCCAGAACAUCUUCGGCGUCAUCCUGUUCCUGCGGUUGACCUGGGUGGUGGGGAGUGCCGGGGUGCUGCAGGCCCUCUGUAUUGUCUUCGUAUGCUGUUGCUGUACGCUGCUGACUGCAAUAUCGAUGAGUGCGAUCGCCACGAACGGAGUUGUUCCAGCGGGAGGCGCCUACUUCAUGAUCAGUCGCUCUCUGGGUCCAGAAUUUGGGGGGGCAGUGGGCCUGUGUUUCUACUUGGGCACCACCUUCGCUGGAGCCAUGUACAUCCUGGGAGCCAUCGAGAUCCUUCUGAUGUACAUCGCACCUAAGGCGGCCAUUUUUGAGUCCAAGCACCCUGAAGGUGAAGGGGCGGCUAUGUUGAACAACAUGCGGGUGUACGGCUCCAUCUGUCUCCUCCUGAUGUCCCUGCUGGUCUUUGUGGGCGUGAAGUAUGUCAACAAACUGGCCUCCAUCUUCUUGGCCUGCGUCAUCGUCUCCAUCGUCUCCAUCUACAUCGGAGCGCUGGUCUCCGCCUUCAACCCGCCACAAUUCCCCGUGUGCAUGCUGGGAAACAGGACUAUCAGCGGCCAUGAGAUUGAUGGCAACCAAUGUGCGAAAACCAUCCUGCUGCAGAUCAAAGAGCAAACGGAGAUGGUCGACUACAACUACACGAUUAGUAAUGAAACCAGCACGAUGGCCCCGACCUUCGACACCAGCCUGGCGCCCCCUCUGAUAGAGAAGACCACAUAUCUUUGGAAGCAGUUUUGCCAGGGCACAGAAAUCAACGCCUCCUGCGACGAAUACUUCCUUUCCAACAACUUUUCCCAGAUUAAAGGGAUCCCCGGUCUGGCCAGUGGGGUCAUUUCAGAGAACCUGUGGAGCUCCUACCUCAGCAAAGGGGACGUGGUGGAGAAAGGCUCCCUCAGCUCCUCUCAUGUUGCACAUCCGGCCUCCACUCAGCAGCCUUACGUGUUUGCCGACAUCACCACCUCCUUCACACUGCUGGUGGGCAUCUUCUUCCCCUCCGUCACAGGAAUCAUGGCUGGUUCCAACCGGUCGGGCGAUCUGAAAGAUGCCCAGCGCUCCAUCCCCAUCGGAACCAUUCUCGCCAUCCUCACCACCUCCAUCGUCUACCUGAGCAGCGUUGUGUUGUUCGGAGCCUGCAUCGACGGGGUCGUCCUCAGAGACAAGUUUGGAGACUCGGUUAAAGGGAAUCUGGUGGUGGGGACUCUGGCUUGGCCGACUCCCUGGGUCAUCGUGAUUGGCUCUUUCUUCUCAACAUGUGGCGCCGGCCUCCAGUCGCUGACCGGCGCUCCCCGACUUCUACAGGCCAUCGCCAAGGACAACAUCAUCCCUUUCCUCCGGGUGUUUGGCCACGGCAAGGCUAACGGGGAGCCCACCUGGGCCCUGCUGCUGACAGCCCUGAUAGCCGAGCUGGGGAUCCUCAUCGCCUCCCUGGACCUGGUGGCUCCCAUCCUUACAAUGUUCUUCCUGAUGUGUUAUCUGUUUGUGAACCUGGCCUGUGGCCUCCAGACCCUCCUGAGGACGCCCAACUGGAGGCCGCGCUUUUCCUAUUACCACUGGACUUUGUCGUUUUUGGGGAUGACUAUCUGCCUGGCGCUCAUGUUCAUAUCGUCCUGGUACUACGCAAUCGUUGCCAUGGUGAUCGCCGGCAUGAUCUACAAGUACAUUGAGUACCACGGAGCGGAGAAAGAGUGGGGGGAUGGGAUCCGCGGUCUCUCGCUCAGUGCUGCCCGUUACGCCCUCCUGAGGUUGGAGGAGGGACCACCACACACCAAGAACUGGAGGCCCCAGGUGUUGGUGUUACUAAAACUGGACGAGGACGCCCACGUCAAGUCUCCUCGCCUGCUGACGUUUGCCAGCCAGCUGAAGGCGGGAAAGGGCCUGACCAUCGUCGGCACCGUUGUCUCCGGCAACUUCCUACACAGCUAUGGAGAGGCCCUCGCGGCGGAACAGACCCUGAAGCACCUGAUGGAUAAGGAGCGCGUGAAGGGCUUCUGUCAGUGCAUCGUGGCCCAGAAGCCGCGUGAAGGGAUCAGCCACAUGAUCCAGUCCAGCGGCCUGGGAGGAAUGAAGCCCAACACCGUGGUGAUGGGCUGGCCUCACGCCUGGAGGCAGAGCGAAGACCCACAGGCCUGGAAGACCUUCAUCAACACAGUGCGGGUGACCACAGCAGCCCACUUGGCCCUGCUAGUGCCCAAAAACAUCUCUCUGUUCCCCAGCAACAGUGAGCCCUGCACCGAGGGCUACAUCGACGUCUGGUGGAUCGUCCACGACGGGGGGAUGCUAAUGCUGCUGCCAUUCCUGCUGCGCCAACACAAGGUUUGGCGUAAGUGUGGGAUGCGAAUCUUCACAGUUGCCCAGAUGGAGGAUAACUCCAUCCAGAUGAAGAAGGAUCUGGCAACCUUCCUCUAUCACCUACGCAUCGAGGCCGAGGUGGAAGUCGUUGAGAUGCAUGACAGUGACAUCAGUGCGUACACCUAUGAAAGGACCCUGAUGAUGGAGCAGAGGUCGCAGAUGCUCAGACAGAUGCGACUGUCUAAGUCAGACCGGGAGAGAGAGGGAAAUCCUGGUAGCAGCAGCAGUAGGCCAGAGGCAGGUGGAGCUACAAGGUCUCAGGCUCAGCUGGUGAAAGACCGUAACUCCAUGCUGCGGCUGACGAGCAUCGGAUCAGACGAUGACGAUGACACCGACGGCGGGGAGCGAGACAGGCCGACAAACGCUGGCAGCGGAGGUGGAGGUGGUGGUGGAGGUGGCGGCGGCGGCGGUGGUGGUGGCGGCGGCGGCAGCACCGAGCAUCAUCGGCGUGUUCAGAUGACCUGGACCAAAGAGAAGAGCUCGCAGUACAGAGCCGCACACUCCGGCUGCUCCACGCCGGAGGGCUUCAGAGACAUGCUCAGCAUGAGGCCGGAUCACUCCAACGUCAGGCGGAUGCACACCGCCGUCAAGCUCAAUGAGGUCAUUGUCAACAAAUCCCAUGAUGCCCGACUCGUCCUGCUCAACAUGCCAGGACCUCCCCGGAACACGGACGGAGACGAGAACUACAUGGAGUUCCUCGAGGUCCUAACAGAAGGAUUGGAGCGCGUCCUGUUGGUCAGAGGCGGAGGAAGUGAAGUCAUCACCAUCUACUCCUGAUUGGACAAAACAGAGGAAGCCAGCGUCAAAGACGCAGCCAAACGCGCAGAAGGGAGACGAUAGGGGGCCUGUGAGCUCUGCGGGGGGGCGUGGGCCCAAAAAGAGGGACUGUCAUUGGCUGCAGCGUCAGUCGUCACGCCCAACACCUCCCCCCCCCACCACCACCCUUCAGCCCUUUUCUUUUCAUCUUUAGGGUUUCCAUUCCACUCAUGUCAAGCUACAGAAAUGCCAACACAAUUCCACGAACGAGCAAAAAAAAUAAGUGUCUGUGUCUGUGUGUCUGUGUGUGUGUGUGUGUGUGUGUCUGUGUGUGUGUGUGUGUGUGUGUCUGUGUCUGUGUGUGUGUCUGUGUGUCUCUGUGUGUGUGUGUCUGUGAGUGAGUGAGUGAGUAGAAGUCGUCCACCUGAGGGAGGAAAUGUCAAAUGUAGAGCGCGAGAGGGUGUGAAGCGUCCCAGAAACGGAGCAGUCGUUCCACUGACGAGACUCAGGGUUGCUUUUUGUACAGAAUGUAUUUUGGAAGCAGAUGUGAUCGCGCUGAGCGUCUGAGCGUCUGAGCGUCUGAGCGUCUGAGCGUCUGAGCGCCUGAGCGCCGGCUGAAUCUCCGGAUUGACUGUUUUUUUUGUUGUUGUUUUUGUCUCCUCGAAGACGCAGUGAAGUUUCUCACAAUACUGCAUACAAACUGGAAAAGUAGCACUGCAUCAAAAGGAAGUGAGGAGCCUGUAGUGUUGAACUGGUUCAUUUAAACACAGUCGGCGUGCUUUCGUGUCGUCUCCUCUCCAACGUGGAACAUUUUCAAGCGGACGAAAGGAAGAAAUGGUUCAUAACUUUCACGUUGUAUGAAUAAUGGGCUCCUUUUCUUUGCGUGUGCAGCAGAUACGUAGUAACUCAGAAUCUAUUCUGCACCGAACAACAAACAUCAUUGAAUGAAGACAUCUCUUAAUUUUGACUAGAAAUGAAGAGAAAACGCAAAACAAGUGACAUUUAUAAGAUAAAACAUUGAGAUUGUUAGAAUAAAAACAUAAAGAGAUGACUAAGGAAAAAAUGAGAUGGUACAUUGAGUGUGACUUAGUUAGGCGUGUAAACAUUAGGUCAGAACUAUGCCUUACUAGUCCUACAUCAUAGUUAGGAGAUGAAUCAAUUGUUUUCAUUUUUCGAGUCAGUUAAGACGGAAAGAUUCUUGACUUGGUCACUUUUUGUUUUGUCUUUCUUAGUAGAAAUGGGCUUCCAUACACCUGCUACUCCAUAAAGUCAUGGAAACAAAUGACAUUAAGUGACACGCAUGUUGAGCCGCAAAA